CAUUGACAGUCAUUUGACAUUUGUCCGUUUGGGCUAGUGUGCGUUUUGUUCAUAUAUUCGACCAACUUCAGUGCAAAAGUCACGUUGAGACUCUCUUUCCGCUUUGAAAACUGACAGGCGAACACAUAUAAAAAUGGCCAAACGUACAAAGAAGGUUGGAAUCGUAGGAAAAUAUGGUACCCGUUAUGGUGCCUCACUACGUAAAAUGGUGAAGAAAAUCGAAAUCACCCAACAUUCGAAAUACACAUGCUCAUUCUGUGGCAAGGAUUCCAUGAAACGUGCCUGUGUUGGUAUUUGGUCAUGCAGCAGAUGCAGACGCACCGUUGCUGGUGGUGCCUGGGUUUACUCAACAACCGCUGCUGCUUCAGUCCGUUCCGCUGUUCGACGUCUCCGUGAAACCAAGGAACAAUAAAUACGUUUCGAUACAGUGUAUUUCUAUAAAUUAAAAAAAAAGUUUACUGGAAACAAGUGAAUGAAAUCAAACAAAAAAAUUGAUUGAAAAGUGAUAUAUUGUUAAAUCCUUGUGGUUAAAAUACAUAUAUAAAUAACUUUUCAAGCAAA